UGGAAGCUUGUGUUUGUAAUGGUGGUUGUGCUACAAAAAAAUGUCCAUGCAAAGCAGCUAAAGUACCAUGUGGUACAAAGUGUCAUCCUGCUAAAAAGAAAUCUUGUACAAAUAUAUAG